AUGGCGCAACAGACUACACUCAAGGAGUUCGAGUCGGUGUUCCCGAAGCUCGAGGAGGCUCUGCUCGACCAUGCUAGACUGUACAAGCUGCCGGCCUCGGAGCUCGAGUGGCUGAAGAAGGUGAGCCAGUGUCUUUCUCUCUCCCCUGGUGGGCGACCGUUGACCGAGGACGAGUACUUCAAGACGGCGACGCUGGGCUGGAUGACGGAGCUCCUGCAGGCCUUCUUCCUGGUGUCGGACGACAUCAUGGACGGGAGCAUCACGCGCCGGGGCAAGCCGUGCUGGUACCGGCACGAGGGCGUGGGCAUGGUGGCCAUCAACGACGCCUUCAUCCUGGAGUCGGGCAUCUACGUGCUUCUGAAGCGCUACUUCCGCGACCACCCGGCCUACAUCGACCUGGUCGAGCUCUUCCACGAGACGUCGUGGCAGACGGAGCUCGGCCAGCUGUGCGACCUCCUGACCGCCCCGGAGGACAAGGUCGAUCUCGACAACUUCUCCUUGGAGAAGUACUCCUUCAUCGUCAUCUACAAGACGGCCUACUACUCCUUCUACCUGCCCGUCGCCCUGGCCCUGCACUUCCUCGGCAUCGCCACCCCGGAGAACCUGGGCCAGGCCGAGAAGAUCCUCAUCCCGCUGGGCGAGUACUUCCAGAUUCAAGACGACUACCUCGACAACUUUGGCCUCCCCGAGCACAUCGGCAAGAUCGGCACCGACAUCAAGGACAACAAGUGCUCCUGGCUCGUCAACCAGGCUAUCGCCCGCGCCACCCCCGAACAGCGCGCCAUCCUCGAGGCAAACUACGGCCAGAAGGACGACGCCAAGGAAGCCACCAUCAAGAAGCUCUACGACGACCUGCAGCUCAAGAAGGUCUUUGAGGACUUUGAAGAGAAGCGCGCCGCCGAGCUCCGCGCCAUGAUUGACGCCAUUGACGAGUCAAAGGGUCUCAAGAAGUCCGUCUUUGACACUUUCCUCGGAAAGAUCUACAAGCGCAGCAAGUGA